GAUUCCCGAAAACAUUAAAUUCUGUCAGGCCUUGGAGAUGGCAGACUUCAGCGGAAACCCCUUGUCCAGGUUGCCUGAUGGCUUCACACAGCUCAGAGGACUGGCUCACCUAUCACUCAAUGACGUGUCGCUGCAGUCUCUACCCAAUGACAUUGGAAACUUGUCAAACCUGGUGACUCUAGAGCUGAGGGAGAAUCUACUGAAAUCUUUGCCCUCCUCUCUUUCCUUCCUGGUUAAACUGGAACAGCUGGAUCUGGGAAGCAAUGUACUGGAAGUUUUG